CAAUCUAGGCUCCGGUUAUACAGAGCCGUCUAUAUAACUGAAUACAACUCUACUGAAAACUAUGGCAUUGCAUGUGAAGUAUCAAUGUGAGACUGGACAAAACACAGGGCAGAUUCAUUCCCUCUGUGGCUGUAAGCCUUGUCAGAGGUAUUAGUGAUUCUCCCUUUAUCCUCCCACUGUUCUUUCAAAAACACCAUAGCUAGUUGUGAUUAAAUCUGGGGACAUCAAAGAAAGGGUGUUCUAUUUCCACAGAUGAAGAAAAGAUGUUCAUUUAGGUGUUGACCAUCACAGCCUAAAGGCAGAGCUCCAGGCUGAGUUGUGUGGGGGUCUGGUUGAGGACCUGAGGAGCUACCAGCCACCAAUUAGAACUCCAAGGGACGCACUCACUAUGGCAGAUGGGAGUGGGGCUACUGAUCGAGAGCAACUCCUGAAGAGGGUGCAGAACUUGGAGGAGGAGGUGAAGCGACUGCAGGAGAAGCUGUUGGAGGGCAAGGAGGGCACUGUGGCAAAAGACACUGUUUCAGUGUCCAGGAAACCCAGGAAGCAGCAGCAGCAGCGGCCUUUUGAUUUCAGUGCCUAUGGCCGCAGGCAUGUGGCACUGAAGAUUGCUUACCUUGGCUGGGGGUACCAAGGCUUUGCCAGCCAGGAGAACACCAACAACACAAUCGAAGAGAAGUUGUUCGAAGCCUUGAAGAAGACGCGGCUGGUAGAUGACAGACAGACCUCCAACUAUCACCGCUGCGGGCGGACAGACAAAGGAGUCAGUGCCUUUGGGCAGGUGAUUUCCCUAGAUCUCCGCUCAAACCUGUUAGAGGGGAAGAAACUAAAUGGUUGCAAGGAUGACUCAGAAAGGAAAAACAGUAAAUCAGAGGAAGAGCUACGCUACACCCAUAUUCUGAACAGGGUACUCCCACCAGAUAUCCGUGUGCUGGCCUGGUCCCCUGUGGAGCCUGACUUCAGCGCCCGGUUCAGCUGCCUCAGGAGGACCUACCGCUACUUCUUUCCCUGCGCAGACCUGGACGUGGCCCUCAUGCAUGCUGCCGCCCAGAGGUACGUUGGGACACAUGAUUUCCGUAACCUAUGUAAAAUGGAUGUGGCCAACGGUGUGAUCAACUUCCAGAGAACAAUUUUCAGCGCCCAGGUGAUGUGGGUGGACAGGGGACCUGAAGCUGGGCUGCGGGACCCUUUUCAACUAUGCCAGUUCGAGGUGACGGGACAGGCAUUCCUCUACCACCAAGUGCGCUGCAUGAUGGCUAUCCUCUUCCUGGUCGGACAGGGGAUGGAGAGCCCAGAAAUCAUUGACGAGCUGCUGGAUGUAGAGAAGAACCCCCAAAAACCACAGUACAGCAUGGCCGUGGAGUUUCCCCUGGUCCUGUAUGACUGUGAGUUUGAGAAUAUUCAGUGGAUCUAUGACCAGGAGGUACAGGAGUUCAACGUUACCCACCUGCAGCAGCUCUGGGCCAGCCACGCAGUCAAAACUCAAGUGCUGCAUAACAUGUUACAAGGCCUGGAUGCUGCUCCAGUGGCUGCAGGGAAAGGCCCAGGGGAUAUCACUACUACUGUCCUUUGGGGAGAUCUGAAGCCUCCAGUGCAAAACCAGGCCAGCAGCUUCAUGGAAGGGGUCAAAGCCCGCACAUACAAGCCCUUAAUGGAGCGGCCCAGGUGUGAGGGGCUGGAGUCCCGCAUCCAGCACUGCCUGCGGAGGGGCCGCAGCCAGGCUGCAGAGCGGGCCGCCAAGCGGCUCUGCACCAUGGGAGGCCCGGAGCUCGCCUCACCAAGCAGUGAUUCCUGAAGGGAUGCUCGACCCCCCCCCCCCCCUUUUUUUUUUUUUUUAGUUUCCCCUUGCGAGUUUGAUAAAUUUCUACUGAUUUGGGUAAAGUGCUGCUGUGUCGCGGCCAGUGGAGGGGCACGAGCGGGGGGGGGGGGGAGGGGGGGGAGGAGGGGUUGGUCUCCUCAGAGCAGAGGAGCCCCCCUGCGAUGUGGCAGCCCCAAGCUUGAGGUACUGGCGCCUCCCCACGCACUACGGAAGGCGGGA